GGGGACGCCCGCGGUGGUGUCCGUGUCCAUCAGCAGCACCCUCAACUCCUUCCGGGCCCUCAAGAGAUACGCCCGGGGGCUCACCCUCGCCGAGUUCAAGGGCUCCCCUUGCUGCCGCCCGGAGCAUCAUCCGAAUUGCUUGCUGCGUUGCUCUGGCCUGUUCGCACAGCGGCACCUGCAGGCUCCCUAGAGAGGAAGCUGGCACGGAUGGGGUGGUGCCCUGUCCUGGGUGUAAGCUGGAACUGGUUGUGGGAAGUCCGGCAUCAUGCAUGGACCUCGAGCUCUAUACUCCGGACGACAAGUUUGUGAUGAAACUCGACAGCGAUGAGGCCUUGCUGGGGUCUUACCCCAUUGACGACGGGUGCAGGAUUCAUGUUAUUGACAAGAGCGGUGCAACCAUCGGGGAAUACGAAAAUGUGUCAAAGGUGGAGAAAUUCGAGAUAACCGAUGCUGAAUAUGACAAGCGAUCAGAUACAGCACGCUCCUUCAUGAAAACAAGUAAGCUGGGGCCGUACAAUGCGGAAGAAAUGGUGAAGAGGGAAGCAGACAGGGAACAGAAGCUGAUGGAGGAGAAGGCCCAGGCGGAAGCCAUUUCCGUGGGGUCGAGGUGUGAGGUGCGGGCAGCGGGGCAGCCCAACAAACGGGGGACAGUGAUGUACGUUGGCUUAACGGAGUUCAAGCCUGGUUACUGGGUCGGCAUCAAGUACGAUGAGCCUGUGGGGAAGCACGACGGAAGCGUCAAUGGAAAGCAGUACUUUGAGUGCCAGCUCAAGUACGGGGCCUUCGUCAAGCCUCGCUUCGUCACCGUGGGGGAUUUCCCGGAAGUGGUGGACUACGGCCUGGAUGACGAAAUGUGACGGGGAGAGGAAGAGGUGCAGGGGUGGCUGAAGGAAGCGGAGCGGGUCGCCACGCGGCCUCUGUCCAUGGCUGGCUGUUGCGCUCUGAUCCCGUGCGCGAGGUCACUUGAGCAAGCCAGAGGGAGAAGGCGCGAAAAACCGCUGUGUGUUCCUCGACUUGUGUUGCUGGUUUCCUUGCCCCCCCCCCUUCCCCUGGUUGUCUCUUGUCUGUUCCGUGAAGAUGCUACAUCCCCUUGAUUUUUCUCACAUUUGCACCGUUCUGUGCCAGCUGAGUUAACCCAGAGGAAACCGGAGUGUCCUUGCCUUGUUGUAGCAAUCCUCGAAAGGGUGGGGCCUGGGGGUGGCAGCAAAGUCGCUCCUGGUUACCCCACCCCACCCCACCCCGGUAGUAAGGCCUGCUGGUUGCAGAAGCAGUUAGUUGAGCAGGUUGAAAAGAGAACCUCUGAGCAGAUUUGUACAAGACCCUUCCUGCUUUUUUUU